GAAGAGAGAGACCCAUUAGACACAAUAAAAGCCCAAUGCAUUGACAGAAGAACCCAAUAGAGAGCUGUCUUGUGAAACACGAAGCCAAUCUACUUCAAAGAAUCCAGUCAAAUUUGUUUCAGAAUUGAAUCAAAAUAAAAAUAUGUUUCUCACAAGGACUGAGUAUGACAGAGGAGUUAACACUUUUUCUCCAGAAGGAAGAUUAUUUCAGGUCGAAUAUGCAAUUGAAGCUAUCAAGCUAGGUUCCACAGCAAUUGGGAUAAAGACAAAGGAAGGUGUUGUGCUUGCCGUCGAGAAGCGUAUUACUUCACCACUGCUGGAACCCAGCAGUGUGGAGAAAGUUAUGGAAAUUGAUGAACAUAUUGGAUGUGCUAUGAGUGGUUUGAUUGCAGAUGCUCGGACACUUGUUGAGCAUGCACGUGUCGAAACUCAGAACCAUAGGUUCUCUUAUGGUGAGCCCAUGACAGUGGAGUCUACAACACAAGCACUCUGUGAUCUGGCACUACGAUUUGGUGAAGGCGAUGAAGAAUCCAUGUCUCGACCAUUUGGGGUGUCACUCCUGAUCGCUGGCCACGAUGAGAAUGGUCCUAGCCUGUACUAUACUGAUCCAUCGGGCACAUUUUGGCAAUGCAAUGGAAAGGCUAUUGGUUCAGGUUCAGAAGGCGCAGAUAGCUCUUUGCAAGAGCAAUAUAACAAGGACCUCACUCUUCAAGAAGCCGAGACUAUUGCACUUUCCAUUCUGAAGCAAGUAAUGGAAGAAAAGGUGACUCCGAACAAUGUUGACAUUGCAAGGGUGGCCAAAGUCUACCAUCUGUAUACCCCUGCAGAGGUGGAGACUGUUAUUAGUCGCCUAUAGAAUGAAAAUGAAGUCAUGAAAACUUUGAAAAAAUUAUCUGCAUUAUCCUUUGUUGUCUGCUAUUAGUUUGGGAAGUAGAGGGUUGGGCAGUUUUGGACAUUUUUCUGGAGUGGUGCUAAAACUGUGCGGACUUUUUAUUGGUUAUGUAAUUUGCAUUUCAGAUAGCAAAAGUAAAACACCAAUUUUCUUUGAA